AUGCGAGAAGCGCAUGCCCGCAACCCGCAGCUGCGGCGCUCCGCAGUGGGGCUGAAAAAGCGGUGUGGGCACUGCGGGCAAGAAGGACACAACCGCAAGACCUGCCCGCAGCUGGUGGAUACUGCUGCGGGAGCCGGCGGUGCUGCUAAUGUGACCAGGGCAGCCGCAGUUACCCCUGCCGCGGCGGCACCGGCCAGCAAGGUGAUUGUGAUUGAGGAGGUGGAUGAGAAACCCCUGGCUUCAGAGCCAGCAUUGUCCAACGGCAUCAGCAACGACACCAGCGUCAAGGCCCUUGGAGUGCCCUAUAAUGAUUUGCUGCCCACGCGGCAGCUGGCUCCUGGCAUGGCCUUGAGUCCUGAAGGCGGAUGGAUUUUUCUGCUGCCAAGGAGCAAGGAGGAGUGCGUGACGCAGGCAGCGCAGGCAGUGCUGCGGGCAUGGGACGACGGCAUGCGGCGCCACACGGUGGAGCUGCUGCUGCCACAGGCGGACCCAUCUGCAGAUGGCGGGUGGCCAGGCGGCAUCCGGCAGCAGUUCAGGGUGGCCAAGCCCAUGGUUGAGUCAUUACUGCUGCGGCUGAAGCAGCAUGAGGGCCUGGGCGGCCGCAUCACGGCAGAGCUGUUGGACGAGGGAGACUGUGUGGGCGCGUGGCAGAGCGAGCGGCUGGGAGCUGUCCUGUUUCCCACCGCGGAUACACUGCCAGACCUGCGCCGCAUUGAUGAUGCUCUUAGUGGCGAGCGGCUGACGCUGGUGAUCAACCCACAAUGGCAGAUACAGGGCCAGGUCAUUUCAGACUUUGGCAUCGGCCGCACGCGCAAAGUGGCUGAACGCUUUGUGGCGGCAUUCGAGGAAGUUUACUAUCUUCGGCGGGUACGAGUCUUCGGGGACGACGUGCGUAUCAUGCGGUGCUACCCGGGACAGUGGCAGGUGCACUAUGUACCCUCCGACCCACGUGCGAAUACAGUACUGCUGAGCUGCGAGGAUGCCAAGCCCACGUUCCAACGCCUCAUCCAGUUGCUCAAGGCGGUGCGCGGGUCCAGGGCCAGCAAGACGUGGCUGGAUCGUGUGCUCACCGCCUCCAUGGGCAGCUUCAACGAGUUUGCUGCCUACUCACCAGAAGCUGCUGCGGCAGCCGCAGCUGCUGUGGCAGGCGACGAUGAUUCUGUUGAUGGCAGGGCCAGCACCGGCGGGCUGGCCUCAUCAACAGAGGGACUACAGCAGCAACCAGGGCAGGAAGAGCAGAUUGCAGGCACGAAUUUGCAGCGCGACAUUGUGACAGGAGAGCUGCUUCCCUCUGACGACGACGAGACCCCUGUGCGAGACAUCCGCCUCGAUCCACUGCACGGCGUGAAGCAGAUCACCAAGUGGUUGCCCUAA